GAGAAAGUUGGCCGCGGCGAGCGAACGAGUCCCGCGAGUCGAGCGCCGCGCCGCGCACGCACCACACGCGCCACGCAGUACGAGCACAUAUUACGCGCGCUCCGCCGCGACGCCCUGUAGUGCACUGCGCAUCCGAACAUAAACAAUGCACUCAUAUGCCCAUACAGGAAGAUUUCCGCAUUAUAUGUGAAAUUUUAUUAACGUUAUGAGUGGAAUGUUUGUAUAGUUUUUUUUCCUGUAAUAAAAUUUGUACGUUUUACGAGACUACUGCUGUUAUCAGUAUUGCAAGGAACGAUGCAGUGUUAUCCGAAGUUGUCGCCCAAGCGUGAACCCUCGGACACGGGCUAUGAGGCCGAGAUGCUGCCGGGCAUGAGGCGGCUGGAGCUGCCUGCGCCACCGCCGAAGGAGUUUCGCGCGCCCGUGCUCCUGGCGGCCCCGACCCUGGCCCCGACGCACUCGGUGAUCCAGUGCAUGCGACCGCCGCCUCCGCCGCCGCCACCGCCUGCGCCGCGCCUGCACAAACCUCCAUCCUUCGAGGAACCAUCCAGCUCCAUUCCAGAUCUAGAGUUCGAUGGUACCACGGUGCUAUGCCGCGUGUGCGGCGACAAAGCCAGUGGAUUCCACUACGGCGUGCAUUCCUGUGAGGGCUGCAAGGGCUUCUUUCGGCGCUCCAUACAACAGAAGAUCCAGUACAGACCCUGCACGAAAAACCAGCAGUGCUCCAUCCUUAGAAUCAACAGAAAUCGGUGCCAAUAUUGCCGACUGAAAAAAUGCAUAGCUGUGGGCAUGAGCAGAGAUGCGGUGCGAUUUGGGCGAGUGCCCAAGCGCGAGAAGGCGCGCAUUUUAGCCGCCAUGCAGCAAUCGUCGACUUCGCGCGCCCAUGAGCAAGCCGCCGCUGCGGAGUUGGAUGACGCUCCGAGGCUGCUAGCGCGGGUGGUGCGCGCCCAUCUCGACACCUGCGAGUUCACGCGCGACCGCGUUGCUGCCAUGCGUGCGCGUGCCCGCGACUGUCCCACCUAUUCUCAACCUACUCUGGCUUGCCCCUUGAACCCGGCACCAGAACUACAAUCUGAAAAGGAAUUUUCUCAGCGAUUUGCGCACGUAAUACGUGGUGUGAUUGACUUCGCCGGCCUCAUCCCCGGGUUCCAACUCCUGACACAGGAUGACAAAUUCACGCUGCUAAAGAGUGGCCUCUUUGACGCUCUAUUUGUUCGCCUAAUAUGCAUGUUUGAUGCGCCGCUCAAUAGUAUAAUCUGUUUGAACGGCCAACUCAUGAAGAGAGAUUCCAUUCAAAGCGGUGCCAAUGCGAGAUUCCUCGUCGAUUCUACUUUCAAAUUUGCAGAGCGCAUGAACUCUAUGAAUUUGACAGACGCUGAAAUUGGUCUGUUUUGCGCAAUAGUGCUCAUCACGCCAGACAGACCCGGUCUUCGCAACGUUGAGCUUGUAGAAAGAAUGCACACGCGACUCAAAGCGUGCCUGCAGACGGUGAUCGCACAGAAUAGGCCAGACCGACCGGGAUUCCUGAGGGAACUGAUGGACACUCUUCCCGACUUACGCACUCUUAGCACACUCCACACGGAAAAACUUGUCGUAUUCCGCACGGAACAUAAAGAAUUGUUACGACAACAAAUGUGGAGCGAGGAGGAAGCUGUUUCAUGGGUUGAUUCAGGAGCUGAUGAGUUAGCACGCAGCCCCAUCGGCUCGGUGUCGAGCAGUGAAUCCGGUGAGGCGGUAGGAGAUUGCGGCACACCACUGCUGGCCGCCACUCUGGCCGGCCGCCGGCGCCUCGACUCUCGCGGCUCCGUCGAUGAGGAAGCUCUCGGCGUCGCACAUCUCGCACACAAUGGUCUCACGGUGACGCCAGUUCGUCAGCCACCCCGGUACAGGAAGCUUGACUCUCCUACUGAUUCAGGUAUUGAGUCCGGAAAUGAAAAGCAUGAAAGGAUAGUCGGCACUGGGUCGGGUUGCUCGAGCCCAAGAUCUUCGCUAGAAGAACACAACGAAGACAGACGGCCACCCGUCUCCGCUGACGACAUGCCGGUACUCAAGCGGGUACUGCAAGCCCCGCCACUGUACGGAGGCACUCCUUCGUUGAUGGAUGAAGCUUACAGACGGCACAAGAAAUUCCGCGCAUUGCGACGUGACACUGGGGAGGCAGAGGCGCGCACAGUUCGGCCAACGCCAUCGCCGCAACCACAACAUCCGCACCCAGCCAACCCGGCGCACCCUGCCCACUCGCCACGGCCGCAGCGCGCGUCUCUCUCGUCCACGCAUUCUGUGCUCGCCAAAAGCUUAAUGGAGGGCCCGCGUAUGACCCCGGAGCAGCUGAAACGCACGGACAUCAUCCAGCAGUACAUGCGGCGCGGCGAGUCGAGCGCGCCGGCGGAGGGCUGCCCGCUGCGCGCGGGUGGACUGCUCACGUGCUACCGCGGCGCGUCCCCGGCGCCGCAGCCCGUCCUGGCCCUGCAAGUGGACGUCACCGACGCGCCGCUGAACCUCUCCAAAAAGUCCCCCUCGCCGCCGCGCACUUACAUGCCGCAGAUGUUAGAAGCGUGAGGCCGGCCUGCGGAGCCUCAAGUCUCCGCCACCCCACCCCGACCUACUUUAAAUUAAAUAAACUAGUUAAUAGUAAUCGUUCGCAGAUCGUUUUAAUAUAUUAUAUGUGAUAAUUCGUUUAGGACGCGUGCGUGCGCGGCCGGCGCCGAACGAGGAGAGCGCAAUAGACUGAAAAAUAAUUUAAGACUAUAUAAGUGUAAUUUAUAAUGCAAUGCAGCGCCGGUCGCGGUGUGUUUAUGUGUGUAUUGUAUGUGCGUAUGUGAGCGUGCUCAGUCAUUUGUUUGUUAAUAUAAUGACAGGUUGUCGAUUUAAAAUAAAACAAACAUGUAAAAAAUA